ACGCGCCCUUUAAGAGAACCCUGCGCCCCGGCCAUCUUUGUUUCUCGCGCCCUCCCGCGGCGCCGGCGGAGCAAACAUGGCCCACGCCGUGCGGGCGCUGUGGCCUGGCGGGCGCGCUCUGACCUGCAGGCUGGGCGGUCGCCCCGCUCUGGGACUCCCCGCGCAGAGCCGGGCCGGCUUCACCGGGGCUGCGGGAGGCCCGGGCCCCGCCGCCGCCACCCGCAAGGGGGGCCCACGGCUCCUGGGGGCGGCGGCGCUGGCCCUCGGGGGAGCCCUGGGGCUGUACCACACGGCGCGGUGGCAUCUGCGCGCCCAGGACCUCCGCGCCGAGCUCUCAGCCGCGCAGCUCUCCCUGUCGAGCCGCCUGCAGCUGACUCUGUACCAGUACAAAACGUGUCCCUUCUGCAGCAAGGUCCGCGCCUUCCUCGACUUCCAUGCCCUGCCCUACCAGGUGGUGGAGGUGAACCCUGUGCGCAGGGCCGAGAUCAAGUUCUCCUCCUACAGGAAGGUGCCCAUCGUGUUGGCUCAGGAAGGAGACAGCUUGCAACAACUGAACGACUCCUCUGUCAUCAUCAGCGCCCUCAAGACCUACCUGGUGUCGGGGCAGCCCCUGGAAGACAUCAUCACCUACUAUCCACCCAUGAAGGCUAUGAACGCCCAGGGCAAGGAGGUGACCGAAUUCUGCAACAAGUACUGGCUGAUGCUGGAUGAGAAGGAGGCCCAGCGGAUGUAUGGUGGGAAGGAGGCCAGGACGGAGGAGAUGAAGUGGCGGCAGUGGGCAGACGACUGGCUGGUACACCUCAUCUCCCCCAAUGUGUACCGCACGAUGGCCGAGGCCUUGGCCUCCUUCGACUACAUUGUCAAGGAGGGCAAUUUCGGGACCGUGGAGGGCGCUAUGGCCAAGUACAUGGGUGCAGCUGCCAUGUACCUCAUCAGCAAGCGGCUCAAGAGCAGGCACCACCUCCAGGAUGAUGUGCGCGAGGACCUCUACGAGGCUGCCAACAAGUGGGUGGCCGCUGUGGGCAAAGACCGGCCCUUCAUGGGGGGCCAGAAACCAAACCUGGCUGAUCUGGCGGUGUACGGCGUGCUGCGUGUGAUGGAGGGUCUGGAGGCCUUUGACGACCUGAUGCGUCACACUCACAUCCAGCCCUGGUACCUGCGGGUGGAGCAGGCCAUCGCUGAGGCCCCCCAGUGAACUGAGCAUCCCUGCCGGGAGGAGGGAGAAGACCAGCUGUGGGGGAGCAGGGCCGCUGGGCCAGCACCUGGCGAUGCUGUGAUGCUGUGCAGCGGGGGGGCAGCAUCGUUCAGCCUCUUGCCCACCCCGCCCUGACUGCCCUCUCACUUCUAACACUGGACGUCUGCUGGGGCCCUGGGACGCUGGGGGACAAAGCCCAGGCUUGGUUUCCAUUCACAAAGGUCCCCCUGCCCCCCAGGGCACAGAGGGCUACCUCCCAUGCCGGCUGGACCCCUUCCUGGGCCUCCCUGCUCUUCAGCCUUCUCUGGGGCUCUCAAGGCUGCCCUGUCUACACCUCGUGGGUGGGAAUCAGGUCGGGCUCCUACCCUAGGCAAGGGAAGUAGGGACUGUCCAGUUUAGGGAGGACCUGUCCCUGGCUCUCCCUGGUUCCUGCUCUUCCCAGGUGCCCCUGGGACUGUGUGUCACGUUCGCAAUAAAGAAGAGGUUUGCCGCUCCCCGUGUGGCGGCGCUGUAGUGGAGGUAGUGGAGGUGGGGGGUCCACGGCCAGUGCCGGUUAGGGAAGGCUUCCCUGGUGGUAAAUACUAUUUGUCCAGUGCUUAUGAAGCGUCCGCCCUGGGUGAAAGGCUCAGCAGGCUUUGUGUCCCGUAUUCCCUGGGACACAGCCAAGGGAUGUGAACCCAGUUCUGCAACCCGCUGACCGCGGGACUCUGAGCAGGGGCACGUUUUCUGAGCCCCAGUCUCCUCAUCUGUCACAUGGGCACAGUGGUGGUUCCCACCUCAAGGGGAAGUUGUGAGGGCUCGACCACAGGAUGCAGGUCAAGGGUGUGGAAGGAUGCCUGGCUCAGCAGAGGCCAGAGUUGUUGCAAUCCUGCUCUAUAGACCAGGAGACCAGGGUUCAGAAGACAGUGCCUUCCAGGGCUCUCUGACAGCAGACGGCCACCCAUGGCUUCAGUCCCAGGCCUGGAACUUCACAGGGGGUGGACGCUGGGACAGGGGUCUAUAGGGAGAAGCGGCUCUGGGAACAAGGAGGGGCUGUGGGGUCCCUGUUCCCCCGGUUUCAGCAGAGGGGGGCAUGCGGGUCCGCCGAGGUGGCCCUACAGAGGCCGGACAGGCAGCUGGGGAGCUGAACUCUACGCCCAGGUCCUCCCUAUUGGGGAGUGACUGGGCAACCCCCUCAGAGCCUCUCAGGAGCGUUUAAAUAUUUUUCUUUAUUAACUUGUUUAAAACAAAAGUAAUUCAUGGUCUGUCUUUGUGUUAGCAAACAUUCAAAUAAGGUAGAAGUGACAGGCACUCUGGAGGCCGACAGCGUCACGUGGGGGAGCGGCCGCAGCUCCUGCAGGGCUCUCUGCCUCCUGCUUGUUUUUGUUCUCAUUGCGAGCAUCUGUCCUUGUCACCGUGUCACGCUGGCUGGGUCUUCGCAGCUGCAGAGAGCUCCUGUGGGAGGAAGGAGGGAAGCGGAGGCCUGAGGCCAUGCCGUUCCGUGGGACAAGGAGCCAUAGAAGCCGCCUCUGAGGGGCCAGCCCGUGUUGAGGUCUCCAGUCACCGCUGUGUCCAGGAUGCUGUUUCCCCUUCACUGAUCAGUCUUUUAAGUCCCGAGGGGCCUUUGCUCCAGGGACCUGUGAUGGCCUGUGGACCCCAGGGCCUCCCUCAGCAGGGCAGGAACCAGGCCAGGAGCGCCACAGGGUGCUGUGGGGGGUGGGGGGUGGGGGUGGAGGGGCUUCCUGCAUCCCUGCCCCCCUCCCCACUUUCCCUUCUCGUCACAGACAGCCUUUCCUUGUCACCCGCCUGGGGUUACUUGGUACUUUUCCAGCUGCUCAAGGAGGCUAACUCGCCUUUCUCUGUCUCAAUCCCAAAUUCCCCAAAGGCAGCAUUUGAUGUGGCCUGCUUGGGAUAAGGUGUCCACCUUCAGUCCAUGACCCUGUGGCCCAGGGAGGGUCCAACCUCCCACAGCCCCGCCCUGUGCGCCCUGGCCUUUCUGCUUCUCCUGCUAAACCCAGUGAUUGUGUCUCCCAGCCUUGGCUUCCCCUUGAGGCCUGGUCCUGCUAAGGAGACCCCAGGUGCAGGCCAGACCCCAGCUACUCAUCACUACCCCUCUUCUUGUUUUUACAGAGAUGUUUUCUUCUGUCUUUGCAUUUCUCAGAGUGGGAUACAGUUGAUGGCAGAGCCAGAGCCCUGGCAGGGAUAGGGGCUUGACUCCCGACUGGGGCUUUAUCACUGGGGCUGCUGCAGGCAGAGAGGAGCCCACCCACACCCUCUUCUCCCACCUCCACUAAAUGGCCGCCUUGAUGAAAAGGACUGUGCUAACUAGAGCCAUUUCCUGUGAUGGGCUGGGAAUGGCCAGUCAACGCAAGGCCACCACAGGGCACUGAGUCCUGCUUCUGUCACCAAGUAUUCCCUCAAGAGGUGACAACUUUGCCUGUUACCCUUUCUCAUAACCAGCAGAGGGCGGUAGAGGAUGCAAAAAAACCCCCAAAAAACAACCCCGUAGGAGCGGGUGCCAAGGCCUGCUGCUGCCACCUUGUGGUCAAUUUUGGAAUCGCAUCUUUGAACCACCUUCAUUAUCCAGGGACUCUAUUUGCCCAUCUGUAAAAUGGGUUUAGCAUGCAAGCGUCUGAAAAUGGGUGGGUAGGAAAAGUUACACUUUUCAAGGGGAAGGGCUGGAAGCUAGGAAUCCUUGAUGCAUCUUAGUCAUGCUCAGGUCAUGGCCUGUGCCCUGUGGCAUUUGGUGGUAGCAGAAGGCCUAAGGUGGGAACUCUGUGCUGCAGUUGUUUGCUGUGAAUUUGGGCAAGCCCCAUCCUUGCCCAUCCAUGGGCAAGCCCUUGGAGGUCAGUUAGCCUUCAUGGGGUUGUUGUAAUCAGGGAUGGGAAGGUUGCAGAAAGUUGAUGUGCGCUGUUGAUGUGUGAGGGGUGUUAAUCUGUAGCCAGUGGAGUCUAAUGUCUCUUCUCAGAACACACUCCCUGCUCUGUUUCCAGCUGGGCUCCUGGAGUUCAUGGCCAAGAGCUCCAGGAAGUAAGAAGUGAAGAGAGUCGUGAGAAUGGUGAGAUCCCCCUCCCUGGGAGUCAGGGAGGGCUCCCUGGGGAGAGUGAGGAUUACGGUUUGCUUUUUUUGUUAGAUUAUUAAAUUUAAAAAUUUCAUUUUGAUUAUGCAAAUAAUUGUUUAUGGUGUAUAAACAGAACCUGCAGAUAAGCAAAGAUGAUACUGAUUAUUCACACAUCUAUCACUGAG